UUAGGAAGUAUUUUGUUUACUCUUGUCUCGCAGUUCUCUUUCGUUUUCUCUGCUCUGAUCAGUGAGUUUUUACACUCUCUUUAUGGCACUAAUGGCACUUGAGGAUGAUCUGUCAUGUCCUGUGUGCACUGAGAUCUUUAAUGAUCCUGUGUUAUUGAGCUGCGGUCACAGUUUCUGUCGUCGGUGCAAUAAAGAUCACUGGACCUCCAGCGGCUCCAGAAACUGUCCCAUCUGUCGACAGGUGUCACCACAGAAACCGGUGUCAAAUCUGGGCCUUCGGAACACCUGCGAGACAUUCCUGAGAGAGAAGUGCACGGAGAGGAAGAGGGAUGGAGGACAGGAGUGUCUGAAACAUGGAGAGAAACUUCAGUUGUUCUGUCAAACAGAUGAUCUGGCGAUCUGUUCAGAGUGUAAGAAACAUGAGCACGUGAGCCACAGAAUACAGCCCCUACAAGAGACUGUACGUCAACGCAAGGGGAAGCUAAAAGCAGCUCUUCGUCCAACUGAGAGGAGCUUGUUUACUCUACAGAACGAUACAGCAGUGGAUGACAAACUCUCUAAAUUCAUUCAGAAUCAAGCUCAGCAGACAGAGAGAAGAAUUAAGGAGGAAUUUAAGAAACUCCAUCAGUUCCUCAAAAAGGAGGAGGAGAGCAGGACAGCAGCUCUAAAUAAAGAAGAGAAAGACAAGAAAGGAAAGAUAGAGAGAAGAAAGAAAGGAAGAAUACGGUCACUGUCAGAGAGAGUCAGAGAGGUGGAAGACGCAUUAAAGGAUGAUGACAUCACCUUCCUUCAGAAUUAUAACAGUAUACUGAACAGGAAUUUAUAUACACUCCCAGAUGCACAGAUCAGUUCAGAAGCUCUCAUGGAUAUUCCUAAACAUUUGGGAAACUUGAAGUACAAUGUAUUGGAGAAGAUGAAAGACACCUGUCCUUACUACCCUGUAAUCCUGAAUCCAAACACAGCUCCACCAAACGUCAGAGUUUCAGAUGACCUUUCCUCUGUGAGCUUAUGUUCCUACAGGCAGGAUGACCCGAACCUUCUUCCUCUGCACAGGAAUCGUAUGGUGUUGGGGAGUGUUGGUUACGGUGAUGGCGUUUACACUUGGGAAAUUGAGGUGGGAAAGAGUCGACACUGGAGCCUUGGAGUGUGUUUUGGAUUGUUGGAAAAACCUGUUCCGCAACCUGAAAUUGUCUUCUGGGGUAUCAGACGUGAUGGUGACAUGUACAAAUUUCUGAACACUCCGUUAGGGUUUAAGAUGACGUUGAAUCCUGAAGUAGUGCGAGUGCAGCUGGAGGAUGAUUAUGACUGGAAGGGCAGAUUCUGGAGGAAUGUGACUUUUUUUAAUGCUAGGACUAAUUCACAUUUUGCAACCAUUACUGGAGUCCCCUCUAUGUGGGAACACUUCCCAUUUGUGAUCCCAGAAGAUCAAUCGUCUACGCUGCAUAUAAUCCCAGGUAACAAUGGUCCGACCGUUGAACUGGUUGAACAGAAGCCAUCUUUCCUGGAGAGACACAGAUUCUCGAUUAUCAUCUGUGUUUGUUUUAUUGUGGCUAUAUUCAUAUUUCUGUCAUGGAAGAUUGAGAUUCUUGACAAAUGAAUAUCUGUAGAAAUUGAAUGUGUUGUUUACAGUAGGUAUCGUAAUGAUCUGUUAUACCUGUCCAUCUGGCUUCCUGUAGGAAAUGGACUUCCUACAAUCACACAGCAGAAACGAUGGUUAUGGGCUGUCUAAACCCACUUAUUUUAGGGAUAUGGUGUCGACUUCAUCUGUUGCAUUCAAUUUUAGGGAAUGCACAUGUAUAAUCCUGCUUAAUUGUUGGGAAAUGUUUUUUCUCACCAAGACUGUCGAAUGUAUCUCUGUUCAAUAGUACGUAUGUAGUUUAAAUCACCUAAUCGCAGAAUUUGUCAAAGUUUGACAGAUCCCUGUUAAUCUGAAUAUCAAAAAGUUUAGUUUGAAGUGUUUAGCACCAAGUAAACUAGAUUUCCACAACCAAAGCUAUAUAUUUACUGCUUUGUUUUCUGUCUGGAAAUAAAAGUACUCAUUAUUUUUGAACUUGAGAAAUGUGUUCAUAAAGUUUGUUCACAUUUUCUGCAAAUGGAUUUGCUAUUGACUGUUCAAUCAAGAAAACUACUGACACACUUUGAGAUUAGGAUCUAUAUAUUAUUCUCAUUACAAUGGCCAAAUGGAGGACUGCAACUGGUUCUGUUGGUCUCCGUACACUCCCAUACACAUAAUAAUAUAAUAUAUAUCAUUUUAAUGUUGAAAGUUUGGUGCUUUGUAUCUUUGGGAUUGCUCAUCUGUAACCAUCUGAAACACGAGUAAUGAUUCUGUUUGUCACUCAUCAUCAAUGCAUCAUUGCUCUUAUAUCCUCUUAUAUGUGUAAAAACAUCAUGUUUGCUUUGGUCUUGUAUUUUGGUUUUCUUCAAUAAAUGUCUG